AUGUUCACGUAUUCAGAUGCUUGUACUGUGGGGAUGGGCCUCAUUCUGAGUGCCACUUCCUUUAUAAUUGGUGUAUUUUAUGCUAAUCAAGCCUAUGACUACCGGAUUUUAUUUAGUGCAGAUUCCACCCAAUCCGAGUUCGACGAUGCUCUUAAGCACUACCAAGUUCUUCACAAGACCCCAUUGCCCGUUUUAAUUGGAUUGGCAGCUGUUGCAGUUAUCGGUUUAGUGGGUCAUCUAAUAAGAAUUUACAAACCAAAUCCAGAUUUAAGAAAUUUCGAAUACGGAUCCCUUGUGUUGUACUUCUUUGGGGUUUGUGUCUGUUUGAGUAACGUCAAAACUGGUAUAAUUUCAUCAGUCACUGGUGAAUGGGGAGAUGUAUCUGAAAAUCAAGGUCUAGCCGUCCUUGGUUCCUCCAAUAUCAUCUUAAUCUUAUUCUUUACCGGUGUGAUAAUGUUACAAGGUGGUUUAUGGUACACUAGAUGGGAACAUCAAGUUAGAUUGAAGCAAUUCUUCCAAGAGGAGGCCAAAGAAGAUGCUGAAAGGAAGAAGAAAGCGGCACAGCAGGCACAAGAAUCUCAAGCACAUGAAGAAGCUCUAGAGGAAGACGCUGAAAAGCACGUUAAGGGAUCAUUAUCUGAAAAGGCACAAGAAUUUGUCGAGAAGGCUAAAAAUGAUCCAAAAGUCCAACAGGCUGAAGAGUACUAUGAGAACAAGAUUAAACCAACUGCUAAGAAACAUAAAGAGGACAUUAACAACAAGGUGAGAUCUCGUCGUACUAGAAGAAAGGAAUGA